AUGGCGCGCUUUCCACGGUUCAGGUUUUUGGCCCUGGCCGUAGUCUUUCAUUUGAUCUAUAUGAUCUCCAUCUUCGACAUCUAUUUCGUUAGUCCUAUCGUAUCCGGCAUGCGACUCUUCAAGGUCGAGCGCCCAGCUUCCGGUAGGGCUCCCGCGGAUAGACUGGUCCUGUUCGUUGGCGACGGUUUGCGCGCCGACAAGGCUUUCCAGUCCCACCCUGAACCGUACCCCGAGUCUGACGCAGACCUCGAGCCCCGCCCUCUUGCGCCUUUCCUCAGAUCUCGAGUGCUGGAGCAGGGCACAUUUGGUGUCUCCCACACACGGGUCCCGACAGAAUCGCGGCCUGGACAUGUUGCGCUUAUUGCCGGAUUGUACGAGGACGUGUCGGCUGUCACGACCGGCUGGAAGCUGAACCCUGUCAACUUUGACAGCGUGUUCAACCGCAGCCAGCACACUUGGAGUUGGGGCAGCCCGGACAUUCUGCCUAUGUUUGAACAGGGAGCCGUGCCUGGGAGGGUAGACGCCUUCAUGUACGGCGCCGAGGAGGAGGAUUUCUCGCAAGACGCGACCCAUCUAGACUACUGGGUUUUUGACCACGUCAAGGAGCUGUUCGACGACGCGCAGCGCAACAAGACGCUGAAGGACGCCCUGAAGCAGGAACGGGUUGUCUUCUUUCUACACCUGCUCGGCCUCGAUACGACCGGACACUCGUACCGACCCUAUUCCAAGGAGUAUCUUCAUAACAUCAAGGUCGUCGACCAGGGCGUCAAGGAGACCACCGAGCUGAUCGACAAGUUCUACAACGACGGCAGGACGGCGUACGUCUUUACGGCGGAUCACGGGAUGAGCGACUGGGGCAGUCACGGUGAUGGUCACCCAGAUAACACACGCACGCCUCUGAUUUCAUGGGGUUCCGGCGUCGCCAAGCCUGAGAUCCAUUCAGGACGGGUUGCGCCGGGCCAUGAUGAGUACUCCUCCGAUUGGAACCUGGAUCAUGUCAGGAGGCACGAUGUGAGCCAGGCGGACGUAGCUGCGCUGAUGGCCUAUUUGGUCGGCGUCGAGUACCCCGCGAACUCAGUCGGCGAGCUCCCGUUACCAUACCUUGCGGCAGACGUGGGUGAGAAGGCAGAGGCGUUGCUGGUCAAUGCCCAGGAGAUCCUUGAGAUGUACCGAGUGAAGGAAGAGCAGAAGAGAGCCUCAGAGCUGAGAUAUCGACCGUACAGACCGCUUGGAGAGAGCGGCCAUUCCUCCGACGAGCGAGUCGCUGCCAUCCGCCAGCUCCUUACCGAUGGCAAGUACGAGGAGGCUAUCGAGGAGUCCGAGGCGCUCAUCGAGAUUGCCCUGCAGGGUCUGAGAUACCUGCAGACGUAUGACUGGCUCUUCCUCCGGGCGACAAUCACCAUUGGGUACCUGGGAUGGAUGGUAUAUGCCAUUACAACUGUCAUCAACCUCCACGUCCUUCAAGGUGCCGUGGUGCCUUCGAGAAAUCUGACCGCGACGGCAGCCUUCACUGCUGUCUAUGUGAUGCUUGCUGCCUCUUUCAUCAUCUCCAACUCGCCUGUUGCAUACUAUGCAUAUGCGUUCUUUCCUGUUUUGUUCUGGGAGGAGGUUUAUGCCCGCCGGGAGUCUCUUGUCCGGGGGGCCAAGGUCAUCUUGGGAGACGCGCGACCGGCCUCCUUGGGCCUGGGUGGUGCGGCCUACAUUGGCAUCAUCAUUUCCCUGGCCAUAGGCUACAUCCACCGCGAGGUGCUGACAGUACUGUACAUUGUCGGCGCCUUCUGGCCCCUGGCAUCCGGGCUGUCGUUCGUGCGGGAGCACUGGACCCUGUCCUCGGUAUGGGCAGUCUCCUGCCUCUCCAUGAGCACCUUCACCCUUCUGCCAGCAAAUAAGACUGAGAAUGUAACACUUGUCCUGUUGGGAGGUGCGUUGAUGGUUGCCGUUGGGCUUCUGUACUUGGCACUUGAGGACCGCGUGCUGGCCGACUUUUCGAUGACUGCAUCCAAGUCCUCGCUCAAGAGGCAGCACCUCUCGAGAGUGCUUACUGGAGUUCAGGUGGGCCUGAUAGCGCUAGCCAUGGUUGUCACGAGAUCAAGCGCACUGUCUUUGCAGGCCAGGCAAGGACUACCUCGUGGCAACCAGAUCGUGGGCUGGCUUGUGUUGGUCACCUCAUUCCUCAUGCCCCUAGCAUACCGGCUGGAUACCAACAACAACUACCUACACCGCCUCGUGGUCAUCUUCCUCACCUGCGCCCCCACCUUCGUGAUCUUAACCAUCUCUUAUGAGGGGCUGUUCUAUGUCGUGUUCUGGGUGACGCUGGUGGCAUGGGUGAGGCUUGAGUACGAGGUCUACGGCAGGUCCACCCACAAGAUACCCAGCCAGCUGCCGAACCCAUAUCGGCCGCUCAGGCUCGCCGACGCACGCGUGGCGCUCUUUUUCUUCGUGUUACUGCAGUCGGCCUUCUUCUCGACUGGCAACAUCGCCUCCAUUUCCUCGUUCAGCCUGGAGAGCGUCUCCCGGCUGCUCCCCAUCUUCGACCCGUUCUCUCAGGGGGCGCUACUGAUUCUCAAGCUCAUGAUCCCGUUCGCGCUGGUGUCGGCGAACCUGGGGAUCCUCAACAAGCGAAUCGGCGUGGCGCCCUCGGCGCUCUUCAUGGUGGUCAUGGCGAUCACCGACAUCCUGACGCUGUACUUCUUUUGGGUGGUCAAGGACGAGGGCUCAUGGCUGGAGAUUGGCAGCACGAUCUCGCACUUCGCCAUCGCCAGCCUGCUGAGCGUCUUCGUGACGGCGCUCGAGGGCGUCUCGGCCUGGUUUAUCAGCGGGGUCGAGGUCCUCGGUAUGCCGGGCGGCAAGGCCGGGAAUGGUAACGCUGUUGAAUCGGGGACCAAGGCCGGGGCGAAUGGGGUGAAGGCCGGGGCUGGGGAAAAGGCCACGGCGGGGAAGUCAUAA